ACCAAUUCAUUUCACUCUCUCUGUCUAUAAAUAGUCAUCAUAAACAGUGACUCCUCUGCCUCGCUUUCUCCGCUCUGCCGAAUCAAAGACAUCCCCACCCACGUCAGUCCUCAUCAACCUUCUCACAUCACUCCUCACCAAACCUUCCCUCUCAUUGCGGCUAAACAUGUCAGCCAUGACAACCGUACAAGUUCCCUCCCAAUGCAUGUUCAGACAUGUGCCCCAAAAGCGGUUCACCAGUUCAAUUGUGAAGUUAUCUCCUCCUCUUGGAUCUGUGAAGAAUAUCUCAAAGUCCUUUGGCUUGAAAGCAUCCUCCAACUCCCGGGCAUCAAUGGAAGUAUACAAGGUUAAACUGAUUGGACCAGAUGGCGUGGAGAACGAAUUUGAGGCGGCGGAUGAUUGUUACAUCUUAGAUGCAGCUGAGAAUGCUGGAGUUGAGCUGCCAUAUUCUUGCAGGGCUGGGGCAUGCUCGACCUGUGCGGGGAAGCUGGCGUCAGGUUCAGUGGAUCAGUCCGAUGGUUCAUUCCUCGACGACAAUCAAAUGAAGGAGGGUUAUGUGCUGACUUGUGUCUCGUACCCGACUUCAGACCUUGUGAUUCACACUCACAAGGAAAGUGAGCUGUAUUAGGUGGGUUUGGCGUCGGCAUUGAGUAGAAUAUUGAAAGUGGUGGUUUAUGCUUCACAUGUCAAGGCUCUCAUAGACCUUCCCUUUUGUUCUGUUCGUUGUGGAAUCGUAUUGCAAUUAAAUGUUAAGAGCACUUCCAGCGUGGGAGCCCUUCCUCCAGGCUAUUCUCUAUUUAA